CUGUCGCAGUGCAUUGUGGGUUGUGACAGACAGGAAAAUGGCGGCGCCCUGUGUUGGAAUGACUGUCCGUUCAAUGUGGCAGUUCAGAAACAUCAACGGGUUACCUACUACAUUGCUAAAAGGUGUCCGGCAUUUCUCUAGCAGCUGGCAAUGCAGUAGUGCCGUUAAACUUAAAAUUGAACAGCACAAACCUUCUCCGUGGAAACUCUAUGGCGCUGUGUGUCUGCAGAGGCUACCUGUCGUAUCUCAAGAUCCUAAUCCAAUCGAACAGAAAUUUGAAGAUCUGUUGCAACAGAUGGAACUGGAGAGGAGCCUACUCUCCGACCACGAGCUGAGGCUGCUGGAGGACACGGAGCGCAUGAGCCGCAAACAGGAGGAGGAUUACGACUCCGACGAAGAGGACCACAUCAACCAGGAGAUCGUCACUGCGCUGGACGACGAGGACGCCUGGGAGCAGAAGCUGAAGCGGUUCCAGCCUGCUGUCAGGUCCAAAGGUGUGGCUGAGACGGACCACAGCUCGCUGGGCCGCUGCCUGAGUGACAGUGUGGUGAUGCUGGUUCAGCAGGAGGUGGGGAGAGAGAAGGUGUGGCUGCUGCCCCAACUACAGUGGACCGCAGGGGAGACACUCAAACAGACAGCAGAGAGGGCCCUAGCCAGCCUGCCAGGUACCGAUUUAAAGGCUAGGUUCCUGGGCAACAGUCCAUGCGGGGUGUACAAGUAUAAAUUCCCCAAAAGCAUUCAAACAGAAAGCUGCGUCGGUGCCAAGAUCUUUUUCUUCAAAGCCUUGCUUUCAAGUGGUACCAAUCCCACAUCUGAGAACGGGGGCUUUGUGUGGGUGACAAAGAGUGAACUGAAGGAGUACCUCAAGCCAGACUACCUGAAACAAGCAGACCGCUUCAUCCUGGGCCUGUGAGAAACGUGUCCUGACUGUGGUCGAAAUAAUAAUGACGAGUGUGGAUCUGAAAGCAGAAUACUGAAACAGGAGGAACGCUUUAACCCAAAUCCAUGGGAAAUAAGACUGGGUCACCUGUACAGCUCCAUGAAUAUGUCUGAGCAAGAGUGUUUUGAAUUUUUGAAAACAACACCUGUGUCGUCCUAAACCUGUGAUAAAUAUGUUCCAGUUGUUGUAAAGAUGACAAUGAAUGAGUAUGUGAAUCCAGAGUACUUAAUGAGGCAUGGAGCUUCACUCUACACCUGUGAGAUAUGAGUUGUGAUUGGUGACAUGUAUAUGACAUGAGCAGAUUAUUUUCUUUUUGUUAUUGUAAAUGUUAAAUAAAAGUAUACAUGUUUUUUCCUCCCCCA